GUAAAAUCAAAGCACAAAUAAAUACACUUUAGUACAGUACUUGACUAAAUGUACUUAGUUAGGUUCCCUCUGCAUUUGGAAACUGUCAAAAUGAAUACCACACAAUAUAUAUGAAACUGUGAGAGUGCACAAUAACAGCCCAGCUGAAGUAGAAACUAACCCAAUGCUGUCCUGCUCCCACACACCUGUUAAUCAUUCAGCUGAUUCCGCAGGAAGUCUACAAAUUUUGUCAGCACCAACAUGAUGUGAUCAUUCAGUCAUGGGGACUCAGCUUUACCUAUGUGUGAUAAUCAUUGCUGUUUAUGCAGUAGCUCUUGCCAAUGCAGAGAUCCAAGUAGUCUGUGCAAAAGACUCGGUAGAAAUCACCUGGAAGAUCAGUGCCGAGUUGGUGCCACACGCAGGUCGUCUCUUCCUGGGAAGCUGCAUGCCAUCUAAGUUGAAUGUUUUGCCCACCGGAGAGGGAGAAGUGCUCUUUAACUACAAAUUCCCUGAAUGCAAAUUUAAAAGACUGAUGAAAGGAAAACGUCUCUCCUAUAAAAAUGAGCUGACUUACAGGCCGCAGCCAAAGUCCAAACCUGCAGCCUUUGUGUAUCCUAUUGAGUGUGUUUAUAAAAGACCUGAGGGGUGGAUUCCCCCUUUCCUGAACCCUGGAUCAGGUACUUCUGAAGGUCGAGGAGGGCUGGUCUUCCACAUGGCACUCCUCAAUGAGCAAUUAACAAAUGUAGCAAAGACAAAUGUCAUCCCCCUGGGCUCGUUCAUGCCAAUAUGGGCGUCAGUGGAGCAGAAGUCUCAUCAACCCUUGCUGCUGCUCAUGGAGGAAUGUGUGGCAGCCAGUACACCAGAGCUGCAGCCUAGCAGCCAGGUUUACCCCAUCAUCAGCAAUAAGGGGUGUCUUUUGGAAAGCAUGGUGGGAAACUCUGUGUUCCUCCCUCGGUACCACUCGUCUGCAGUCAUCCUUUACCUGCAGUCCUUCAAGUUCGGUCCUGGAGAGUUGUACAUUCACUGUAAGCUGGUUGCAUGGGAUCCUGCAGUUGUUGACAAAACCAAGAAAGCCUGCAAUUAUGUAAAGGAACAUGGGAGAUGGGAACUACUCGAUGACCCCUCUCAGAGCGCUGUCUGUAGCUGCUGUGAUUCAACCUGCACGUCCCGCUCCAAAAGAGGAGUGGAAUGGGAAUCCCACAGCUUCAGUCACAAAUCUGUGUUAGGACCCCUGAUCAUCGUGGAUCCAUCUGACUCAAAGUCUCACAGCAAAUCAGAGGAAAGCCCCAGCGUUAGCUGAUGGAGACGAGGAGGAGCAGCAUGAUCUCAGCCUCCUGACUGACAAGAUGUUGGGACACCAGCUUUGCAUCACUUCAACUUUAAAUUGUCUGCAGACUAAUUUAACCGACUGUACAAUAAAACCUUGUGUAAAUGCCUGA